GUUUUUUUUUUUUUUUUUUUUUUAUAAAAGAUUAAAUGUUUUUUAAUUUGCAAUACAAAUGUAAUACAGAUUUCAAUCUAGUCUUGGAAUGUGGAACAAAGAUUAACCUUUAAAUGGUAAAUAAUAAUAUAAGAGGUGUGGACUGCAGAGGUGAAAAUUGAAAUCAAGUGAUGUUACGUUGAAAAAAAUGACAUGUUUUGUAUAUAAAUAAAUAAAUGCAUAUGAAUGCAGUGGGGACAAACAUGAGAAUUCUUUAAACACAUAUUCUUUUUCUUUACAUUCUUUAUAUAUUUCUUGUUAUUUUUUUCAACUUUAAGUUAGAAUCCCACUUUUCCUUUUGCAAAUUACCAGUGUUUCCUGGUAAAAAUGCAGCCUUCUCUUAACCAGAAGCAGCAAAUUAUGGACCAAAAAACAUGGCUUUGGAAGAAAAGAUAUGCCCAGAAGUCGAUCGACGCAAACAGUGAAUCCGAAAAUGAGGCAGAGAGGCUUCAGUACGAUAAAGAAGCAGCUUUAGAGAGGACUGUGAAAAACCUCCAUGAAAAGGUAGCUUCGCUUCUCUGUGAAUGCAACGCCAAAGAUAAUCUCAUAGCGGAACACGCAAAAACCGCACAAGAAGCCGUUGCAGAUCGCGAGAAGGCUGUAGCCGAAAUGGCCAUGCAAAACCAAGAGCUAGAAGCAGCAGUGUUGCAGAAAGCAGAGGCUAACGAGAGAUUAGUUCACUUAAACACCGCGUUAAAAGAUUGUCGGCAGCAGUUAAGUUGUUUAAAAGAUGAACAAGAUCAAAAGGUGAGUGAAGCGGUGGAUGAACUCAAACGGGCACAUAAGAGUUUAGAAGAAAGGUUCGUAGAAGCGAGUAAAAAGCUAGCGAAUUUGACGGUUGAAAACGCGCAACUUGCUAACGCUCUUUUAAUGAAAGAAGAACUGAUAGAAGAUGUAAGUCAUCAAAUGUCGCAAGCGACAGUCGGAUUCAACGAGUUAAUUUCGAGAUUAGAUUCUGCCGAAAAGGAAAACGAUAUUUUGAAAUAUGAAUAUCGUGUUCUUGAACGAGAACUCGAGAUAAGAACUCGGUGUGCUGACGUGGCGAACAGGCAGAACCAAGAAAGUUUGAAACGAGCGGUGAAGUUAGAUGCCGAGUGUCAGAAACUUCGGUUGUUGGUGAAGAAACAAAUCACGGGGUCUAACGAUAAACGGACGAUAUUCAUGAUAAAUCGGUUAUGUGAAGUGGAAGAAGAAAACAAGAUUUUAAAAGAAAAAAUGCAUAAAAAAGAAGACGAAAUGCGUCUUUUGGAAGCGGAAUUUGCUCAAAUUGUCAAAUGUGACGAAAGCCAUGCUAACGGCACAAGUCCUCGAACGACGGUCGUCGAUUCCGAUAUGAGUUUGAUGGAUGAUUUUGUGGAGAUGGAGAGAUUAGCAAUUGUUUCUUCCGACGCAAGUAAUCUUGAUUCCGUAGGCAAGGAAUUAGUUCCCGUUACCGACAUCAUCAAUCCAUCCCAUGAAGGCCGUGAUUGGUUACAAACCGUUCUAAACACGAUUUUCGACCAAACCCGUGUUUCAAAAAGAAGUAUCGAUGAAAUAUUGGAGGAAAUUAAAACAGGUUUGCAAUGUCAGUACGGUGCGGAUCAUGUUAGUGGUUAUAUUACUUGGAAAUCUCCUGAGAGUGAAACGAGCCUCAAAACGGAACUCGAAGACGUGAAAAAGUCAAAGUCAAUGAUUGAGGAGCAAUUGGAGAACCAGAAGUUGGUCAAUGAGGAACUUGAUCAUAAACUUUCAGUUGCUACGGUUCAAAUAAAUGAAGCGAAUCAGAAUAUUUCGGCUCUUAAAGUGGAAUUAGAAGAUAGAAGUCAUUGUUGUGAAGAACUAGAAGCAACAUGUCUUGAUCUACAACUCCAACUAGCAAGUGUGACUGAUAAAGAUGUGGCAAAUGUAGAUGUUGAGCAAGAGGCAAAGCCGGUCCAAACUGGAUGGGAAAUAACAGCAGCUUCUGCAAAAUUGGCGGAGUGUCAAGAGACCAUAUUCAGCAUCGGCCGCCAGUUGAAAGCACUAACACCACCACCACCACCAGAGUCAACAGAGUCGACCACUAGUAAGAAGUCAAGUCAACGUGCAUCCUUACGUGACCGUAUAGUGGCCGAGGACGGUGUUGACAUGGACGACCUGCUAAACUCCCCCAAGACCAAGGAGAUCAUAACCGCCACAGAGACAAAAGUACCGUCAUUACCUGUUGUUCGUGUCGGCAGCUGCAAGUCACGUGUUGGACCCGGGGCUUUGGCUAUUGUACCUGCUAAGAAGCGGGGGAAAGGUGCCGAGCUGCUGAGGAAGCUUCUGUUUAGAAAGAAAAAAGGAAGCAACAAGAAGGUGCUAACUAUUGGUGCAUAAAAGAUGUGAUGGUUUUGUGAAUGGUGUUUGCUUGUUUGUUUAGUGAGCCCAAUGACUUGUGUUUGUGAGCUUGGUUAUAUUUAGUAGUAUUUAAUAAAGAAGUUCAGAAGGAA